AUGAUGGCGUUCGCGGGCAAGGAUGGUGCGGUCUGGGCAGCGGCACUUUCCCUCUGCGCUCUGCUUCUGUGGUGGACACUAGGACGUGACUUCAGAUCACUCUCACGUGACCUUCCAGGCUACACGCUGUACCGGAACAGCGACGUCUUGGGCGAGACAGUUCUCGUCAAUGACAACGUGACUACCUUGGAGCGGUGUGAUGAGUACUCGGGGCACGCACAGCCGUCCCUGCAGGCGUGCACUGCAGUCUGUGAUGCCCACAAAGAGUGCUUCGGGGUGUCGUACCAUUGGGGAAAUGCAAGGGGGUUCAGUACAAGGAAUGAGACGGGCCUGGUGGGGUGCUGCUUUCUGAAGGGGGCCCCCACUGGCGUGCUUCGAAAGCGGAAAUGUGGCUCUGUUGAUGAAGCCAAAUUUCGACGAUGGACAUCCAACCGCAAGAGCAACCGACUGCCCAGCCGACAAGAGUUAUGUGGCCUGUUGCAGCAAAGACCUAGUUUGCCUCGGGAUUUCACCGGAUAUAACUAUCCUCGAUUGCCCAACAACAGUUCAAGACCAUCCCGUAGCUGGCUGCUGCUCAAUCUAUAA